GCAGCCACCUCUCUCACCUUAUCAUCAUGUGAAAGGUGAAAUCCGAUCCUCCUCCUCCUCCCGACAGCGACCUCCCUCCUCCUCCUCCUCCUCCCCGGCCUUUCCUUUACUUCUCCCAAACGCUCGAGCCAAUCGCAGCAUCGCACGCCACCCUCUCCAUCCUCCUCCUCCUCCACCUCCAGUGCUGUUCACAGGUCGUAGAUCUCGGGCUCACUGUGCAAGUCCCCAUUGAUUGAUUUCGAGCUAUUAGACUGCGCGAGUAAUCCACAGAUUGACCGCUCGAUCGAUUGAGAGAGUGAAGAGAUUGGUUGGUAGUUGGUACUUGCCUACUAGGUGGGGGAGAGCGAGGGAAAGCAGGGAGAUUGAUGCGUGCAUGGCGAUGCGGGCGCGGGUGAUGGGGCUGGGCGGCGGCCGGCGGGAGCUGCUGGUCUCCGCCGCCUUCACGGCGCUCCUCGUCGCCUCCAUCCUCCUCCUCCCGUCGCUCCUCCUCACGGGCGCUGGCGCGGGCCCCAAGAGCUGGCCUUUCCUCUCAUCGCUGGCCGCCUCCGACGGCGCCGCCGGCGAGGCGCCGCGGUACCCGGUCUCGUUCGCGUACCUCAUCUCGGCGUCCUCGGGGGACGCCGGCCGCGCGGCGCGGCUGCUGGCGGCGCUGUACCACCCGGCCAACAGCUACCUGCUGCACCUGGACCGGGAGGCCCCCGCGGAGGAGCACCGCCGGCUGGCGGAGCUCGUGUCCGGGCGGGGCGUGUACGCGACCGCGGGCAACGUGUGGAUCGUCGGCAGGCCCAAUCUCGUCACCUACCGGGGCCCCACCAUGCUCACCACCACGCUGCACGCCGUCGCGCUGCUGCUCCGCCUCCGCCGCCGCUGGGACUGGUUCGUCAACCUCAGCGCAUCCGACUACCCGCUCGUCACCCAGGACGACAUGAUGGAGGCGUUCGCCGGGCUGCCAAGGGACCUCAACUUCAUCCAGCACACCAGCCACCUCGGCUGGAAGAUAAAGAAGCGGGCGCGGCCGGUGAUCCUGGACACGGCGCUGUACGAGGACGGGCGGGCGGAGCUCCUCCGGCCGGAGAACAUUUCCACCAACCUCCGGAGAUUCCCCACGGCCUUCAAGCUCUACACAGGGUCGGCGUGGACGAUGCUGUCGCGGCCGUUCGCGGAGUACGUGACCAUGGGUUGGGACAACCUCCCCCGGACCCUCCUCCUCUACCACGCCAACAUCAUCUCCUCGCCGGAGUUCUACUUCCAGACGGUGGCCUGCAACUCGCGGCGGUUCCGCAACGCGACCGUGAACCACGACCUGCACUUCAUCCGGUGGGACAACCCGCCGAAGCAGCACCCGCUUUACCUCACUGCCAGGGACUACCGCCGGAUGCUACUCAGCGGCGUCCCCUUCGCGCGCAAGUUCAGGGAAGGCGACCCGGUGCUGGACCGGAUCGACCGGGACAUCCUCCGGCGGCGGGACCCCGGCCAGUUCGCCUACGGCGGGUGGUGCUCCGAGGGGGGCGCGGCGCUCUGCGGCAACCCGCAGGAGCCUGGCAGGGAGGGCGCUGUCAAGGCCGGCGCCGGGUCCCGGCGGCUCAAGGCGCUGCUCCGCAAGGCGCUGUCUCCAAAGAAUUUCAGGAAGCAGCAGUGUAGAUGAGAUCACUACACAAUUCUAUUUUUGCGGUCUCUAAUUCUGAUCAAACAUGUCAUGUAUAGCAAAAGGAACGACAUGAAUUCGAGGAGGCAAUUUUGGUUCAGAAGAGAGAAGACUCCUGAAACUCUGAAGUAGAGAGAGAUAGUGCAGCCUUUACAGAAUGCUAGUUUCAGGAAUGCUACCAGUUAUGGGCUGAUUAUUAGCAAUGAAAAGGUCAUUAGUUUGACAGAGCUAACAUUCAGCUUGUGUACUUCACUCUCGUAUCAGCAAACAAACUUUACAACUCUGUGUACAGGGUAGAACUGCCUGAUGAAGUACUUGGUGCCCGUCUCUCUGCACAAACAUGCAAUGUUUCAGCCUUUUGCCGUA